AGAAAUGAUGGAAGAAUUGCAUAGCCUGGACCCACGAAGGCAGGAACUACUGGAGGCCAGGUUCACUGGAGUCGGGGUUGCUAAGGUUGGUGCUUCAAAUUCCCUCCCUACCCCCCCAAGUCUCCGUCCGUCAUGCUCCGCACUGGCAUUGGGUCCAUUAAAUAGUGAGUCUUCCAACCAGAGCUUGUGCAGCGUGGGUUCUCUGAGUGAUAAAGAAUUGGAGACUCCUGAGAAAAAACAGAAUGACCAGCGGAAUAGAAAAAGGAAAGCAGAAGCAUACGAGACCAGUCAAGGAAAAGGCACUCCUAGAGGACAUAAAAUUAGUGAUUAUUUUGAGUUUGCUGGGGGAAGUGGCCCAGGAACCAGUCCCGGUAGAAGUGUUCCGCCUGUCGCCAGAUCAUCACCGCAGCAUUCCUUAUCCAACCCCUUGCCGCGGCGAGUGGAGCAGCCGCUGUAUGGGGUAGACGGCAGCACAGCAAAGGAACCGCAGGAGGAACACUCUGCUCUGCCAACGCUGAUGUCGGUGAUGCUGGCGAAACAGCGGCUAGAGAAUGAGCAGCUGGCACAGAGGGGAGGUGGCCUCUGUUUUACUUUUGUCUCGGCCCAGCAAGGCAGCCCAUCUUCUACCGGAUCAGGGAACACUGAGCCUUCCUGCACUUCCCAAAAACAGAUUUCCAUCCAGCACAAACAGUCACAGGCUGACCUCACAAUGGAAAAAUUAUCUGCACUAGAAAACAGUAAGAACUCUGACUUGGAGAAGAAGGAGGGGAGGAUAGAUGACUUAUUAAGAGCCAACUGCGAUUUGAGACGGCAGAUAGAUGAACAGCAAAAGAUGCUGGAGAAGUACAAGGAGCGGUUGAAUAGAUGUGUAACGAUGAGCAAGAAGCUUCUUAUAGAAAAGUCAAAGCAGGAGAAGAUGGCAUGCAGAGAUAAGAGCAUGCAGGAUCGAUUGAGGCUAGGUCACUUCACUACCGUGCGGCAUGGGGCAUCUUUCACCGAGCAGUGGACGGAUGGCUAUGCCUUCCAGAACCUCAUCAAGCAACAGGAAAGGAUAAAUUCCCAGCGGGAAGAAAUAGAAAGACAACGAAAAAUGUUAGCAAAACGGAAGCCACCUGCCAUGGGACAGACCCCUCCAGCAAGCAAUGAGCAGAAGCAGCGCAAGAACAAGACCAAUGGAGCAGAAAAUGAAACGUUAACGUUAGCAGAAUACCACGAACAGGAAGAAAUCUUCAAACUCCGACUAGGUCAUCUUAAAAAGGAAGAAGCAGAGAUCCAAGCAGAGUUGGAACGGCUAGAGAGGGUUAGAAAUCUACAUAUCAGGGAAUUGAAAAGGAUACACAAUGAAGAUAAUUCACAAUUUAAAGACCAUCCAACGCUAAAUGAUAGGUAUUUGUUGCUACAUCUUCUGGGUAGAGGCGGCUUCAGUGAAGUAUAUAAGGCAUUUGAUUUAACAGAACAGAGAUAUGUAGCUGUGAAAAUACACCAGUUAAAUAAAAACUGGAGAGAUGAGAAGAAAGAAAACUAUCACAAACAUGCGUGUAGAGAGUACAGAAUUCACAAAGAACUGGAUCAUCCUCGAAUAGUUAAGCUAUAUGACUACUUUUCGCUGGAUACUGACUCGUUUUGUACAGUGUUAGAAUACUGUGAGGGAAAUGAUCUGGACUUCUACCUGAAACAGCACAAGUUAAUGUCGGAGAAAGAGGCGCGAUCCAUUAUCAUGCAGAUUGUGAAUGCUUUAAAAUACUUAAAUGAAAUCAAACCUCCCAUCAUACACUAUGACCUUAAACCAGGUAACAUUCUUCUAGUCAAUGGUACUGCAUGUGGAGAGAUAAAAAUCACAGAUUUUGGACUUUCCAAAAUCAUGGAUGAUGACAGCUACAACUCUGUUGAUGGCAUGGAACUGACAUCGCAGGGGGCUGGUACUUACUGGUAUUUGCCACCAGAGUGUUUUGUGGUUGGGAAAGAACCUCCAAAGAUUUCAAAUAAAGUUGAUGUCUGGUCAGUGGGAGUCAUCUUCUAUCAGUGUCUCUAUGGUAGAAAGCCCUUCGGUCACAACCAGUCACAACAAGAUAUUCUGCAGGAGAACACAAUUCUGAAAGCUACCGAGGUGCAGUUCCCUCCAAAGCCAGUAGUCACACCAGAAGCAAAGGCAUUUAUCAGACGUUGUUUGGCAUACCGAAAGGAGGAUCGGAUAGAUGUCCAGCAGCUGGCCUGUGACCCAUACUUGCUGCCUCACAUCCGCAAAUCUGUAUCCACAAGCAGCCCAGCUGGAGCUGCCAUUGCAUCAACCUCUGGAUCAUCCAAUAACAGCUCUUCAAACUGAGACAGAGUAAUAGGCCAAAAACUGCUUGAGAAACCGGCAACAAGACUUUCAGAAACAGCUUUGGAAUAGAGGAAUCCGCAAGGGUCUCAAGAAACCUGUACCAGGUGCUUUUUUUUCUCUUGCUUUUUUCCAUCCAUAGAGCAUGACGACAUCAACUCUCAUCAAGAAAACCUUCAGCAUCUAGGCCAAGCCAUGUGGAUAGGAGGUGGCUUGAGGUUUAUCCAGUAAAUGACCACAAAAGGGUGGCUGCUCUGAGCAAGGAGGGGAAACUCAA